AUGGGGAUUCGUACUCAUAGGGUUAACGUUGAUCUCCUUUCCACAGUCACUUCUCUUAUAUUUCUUUGCUUUCUAGUGAGGAAAGGAAAAGAGUGUUCCGCUGCCGCCGCCGCCAGCCUCCCUAAUCAUUACAUGCUUCAAUCCUCCUCAUUGGUACCAUCCACUUCAGAUGUUUGCAAUCCCACCUCUCAAGGAGCAGGAGCAGGAGCAGGAGCAGGACCCAGAAACGGCACAUCCUUAGUCCUAGUUCACAAACACGGUCCUUGCUCUCAACUCGCCCGACCCAACCCAGCCGCUCCCAGCACUGCCACCGAAAUACUCGCCCGAGACCAGUCCCGAGUCGACUCAAUCCAAUCCAGGCUGUCGAAAACCUACCGACAGCCCGAUCAAUCCACCAGCAUACCCGCCAACUCCGGCCUCACUAUCGGCAGCGGCAAUUACAUCGUCACCGUUGGCCUCGGAACCCCCAAGAAAAACCUCUCCCUCAUCUUCGACACCGGCAGUGGCCUCACCUGGACCCAGUGCCUACCCUGCAAAUCCUGCUAUAAGCAAAAAGACCCAAUCUUCGAACCCGCCAAGUCCACUUCAUAUUCCAAACUUGCCUGCAACUCGACCCUGUGCUCGCUGAUCGCCAACUCCACCACUUUGUCCUCGAAUUGCUCCGACCCCACCUGCGCCUACGCCAUGCUGUACGGCGACCUGUCCUAUUCCGUCGGCUUCUCCGGACAAGACAAGCUCUCUCUCACCCCCUCCGAUGUCUUCGACGGUUUCCUCUUUGGCUGUGGGCAAGAGAACGAAGGCCACUUCGGCGGAACCGCCGGCUUGCUCGGCCUCAGCCGAGACCAAGCCUCCUUCGUCUCACAAACCGCCGCCAAAUAUGGAAAAUUCUUCUCGUACUGCCUCCCGUCGACGCCGAGCUCCGCUGGAUUCCUUAAAUUUGGAAACACAGGGGUUUCCCCCGCCACGAAAUUCACGCCGCUGUUGACGCCGGGCUCGUCCUUCUACCAUUUAGAAAUGAAUGCGAUAAGCGUCGCCGGCAAAGCUCUGCCGAUUCCUGCGACGGUGUUUUCCUCAGCGGGUAUUAUUGACUCCGGGACGGUCAUAAGCCGAAUACCUCCGGCGGCGUACGACGCCCUGAAGGCGGAGUUCCGGCGACAGAUGUCGAAGUAUCCGCUGACUGGGGCGCUGUCGAUACUAGACACUUGCUACGAUCUGAGCAAGUCCAAAGACGUGACUCUGCCGAAGAUUAGUUUGUUUUUUCGCGGCGGCGUGGAGGUGGGCGUCAACCCGGGGGGCAUUUUGUACGCAAACAACGCGACGCAGUCUUGCCUGGCUUUCGCCGGGAACAGGGACGACGACGACAUCAUCAUUUUCGGAAAUAGGCAGCAACUGACGGUGGAAGUGGUUCACGACGUGGGCCAAGGGAGAAUUGGCUUUCGGCCUGGAGGCUGUAGCUAA